AUGAUUGAAAGUCCAUGCUAAACAUUAUAAAGAUUGAAUAAUCUCUUUUCUUAUUUGGAAAAUAAUACUUAUUCAUGUAAUCAUAUAGCUUUAUCUAAACUCAAAUUUUAAAAAUUCAAAAAGUUUCCCAUUCCCUAACCAUUUAUUGAUCAUGAAAUCGAAUAUUUAUCAGCUGUUAAAUAAUAACCUAAAUAAAACUUAUAAAAUAAACCUGAUCUAAUACUUCCUGAUACAACAAAAAAUGUAGAAUCAUUAAAAGAGUUUACACUAUAUGUUUAAAAUAUAAAACAAUAAAGGAAAUAAAGAAAGCUUAGCAAAAUUGAUCAUAAUAAUAGUGCUAUCAAUUUUAGAGUUAAAAAAGAAGGUUCAUAAUAAAAAUCUCCUAAAUUGAAUAGAUAAAAUUCUAUACAUCAAAAUAUUUAUAUGGGAAAGAAAAAAAAUGUUAAAGUUGAAGUUCCAAGUCCAAGACCUAAUAAUAAAACACCUUAUUGGGCAAAAGAAUUGUUUUAAAAAUUGUAAAUAUAAUUACCCUUAUUAUGAGAGAAAAUGAUUAAAUGAGAGGAAUGAUAGCUAAAUAAAGCAAAAAUGAAUAGCAGGUUUGGAACAUGUAUCAUUCAAAAAAUUAUGAAAAGUAAUUUAAUAAUAUUAACAAUUCUAGAAAAAUAUUUGAUCUUGAAUUAAGACCAUAAACUUAAAAUGCUAUAAAACAAUUUUAGAAAAGUCUUUUGGAGAAAAUAUAAUGA